ACUCAGGACAGGAAGGUGAGACCCGGGGCUGCUCGGCUUGGCUGUCAGGCUGGCCCGGCGUCCGGCCGGGAGCCGAGCUCGGGGCUCUGCAGGCCAGGCCUGGCGCCACUGCCCAGCUCAGCUCGGCGGCGGGUGCUGUGGGGGGCGGGCCCGGCCUCUCCAGGUGGUUCCCCCCGCCUGGGGCUCCGGAGGGCGACGGGGCCCGCCGCCGCCGCGUGACCAGCCGUAGUCACGCUGAGCUUAAUCACUACUAGCUCGUGCUCCCGCCGCCGCGCUCACCUUCUUCAGCUGCGCGACCCAGAGGGUUUCUCUUAAGGUGGCUUGUUCUGAAAUGCCAAAGGCACCUGACUGUUCUGAACUGAGUGACUCUUGCUCGCUUGCAGGGGGAACAGGAAGAUUUUCGGGACCACUGCACAGAGCAUGGAGAAUGAUGAACUUCCGUCAGCGGAUGGGAUGGAUUGGAGUGGGACUGUAUUUGCUAGCAAGUGCAGCAGCGUUUUAUUAUGUCUUUGAAAUCAAUGAGACUUACAACAGGUUGGCUUUGGAACACAUUCAGCAGCACCCUGAGGAGCCUCGGGAAGGAACCACAUGGACACACUCCUUGAAAGCUCGGUUACUUUCCCUGCCCUUUUGGUUGUGGACAAUUAUUUUCUUGAUACCGUACUUACAGAUGUUUUUGUUCCUUUAUUCUUGUACAAGAGCGGAUCCCAAAACAGUGGGCUACUGUAUUAUCCCCAUAUGCUUGGCAGUUAUCUGCAAUCGUCACCAGGCAUUUGUCAAGGCUUCUAAUCAGAUCAGCAGACUACAACUGAUUGACACAUAACAACACCCAUCACCGUUUUCCCUUAUUGUAAGACUGCCAGUACUGUAUAGUGGCUGACCACAAGACUGCAGUUUCUUCACGGAUCUCAGGAAGUUGUGGUGGAACAGAGACUUUUAAAAAAAAGUGACAAGAGGACUGACUACUUUAUCUGAAUAAUGACUUUUUAGGUAAAGCCUGAAAUAUAGUACUACACAAUCAUGUUGAUGACUUCAGAGUUUGGAAGUAAAAUAGUGGUUUGUAAUCUGCA